UCUCUCGCUCGGUAUUAUUGAAACCAGCCACCAUGGGGAGUUGAGGACAAGACAACGGCUCGUUUUCGUGGAUAUUUGAUUUUGGGAAACUAUCCAUAUGCUGCGUUUUGGAGCACACAGUUCGCGCCAGUUUCCCCAAUGCAGCGGAAUACGGGGACCGGGCUUCCAGAGACGGGUGAAUCGUUUGCCAGCAGAAUCAUUGCUAAAGGCGAAGAUCUGACUUCUGCCUUGUGCAGUCAGAGACAUGAGUGUUGUGAGAGAAUUACAUGGGAUUGGGUACAGGGGUGGUGGUGGAGUUGUGGCCUCUCUGAACGGCCCUACCCACUUUACUGAGGAUGCUCCGCGACCCCCUGUUCCUGGUGAGGAGGGGUCUGAUGUGGACCCCCCAGUCCAGUCAGCCAACACCCGUCCGAACACCCUUUCCCAAAUCCACGGCUAUCCUCCUUCAUUGUCAUUAUCUAAAAUGGGAGAUCCAUCAAGUUACACACCCUCCUCAUCGUCUGCGACUCCACGUCGCCCUGAUCUGGACUUGGGGUAUGAACCUGAGGGCUCCGCUUCACCAACUCCACCUUACCUGAAGUGGGCUGAGUCACUUCACUCGCUCCUCGAUGACCAGGAAGGCAUCCAGCUGUUCCGAACCUUCCUGUGCCAGGAAGGGUGUGCGGACCUUCUGGACUUCUGGUUUGCCUGUUCGGGGUUCAGGAAGACCAGCCAAGAGAAGAGGGCAAAGCUGGCCAAGGCCAUCUACAGGAAGUACAUUGUCGACGGAAGCGGGAUUGUCUCCAGGCAAAUCAAAGCAGCCACCAAGAGUUUCAUCAGAGACUGUGUGGGAAAGCCGCAUCCAGACCCCGCUAUGUUUGAACAGGCCCAGACGGAGAUCCAGGCCAUGAUGGAGGAGAACACCUACCCUUUGUUCCUAAAAUCGGAUUUGUACCUGGAGUACACACGAACAGGAGGAGAGAGCCCCAAACCUAACCCCAAUGAUCAGAGUCCUUCAUCGGGGCCAGCCAAGCCUGUGCCUGGAUACUUACCCACACUCGCUGAGGAUGAGGAGUGGAGGUGUGGGGGAGGAGGCGUGAGGGAGGCAGAAGAAGAGAAAGAUGAGGACGAGUGUGGAGACACACCAGCUGGCAGGCUUACGCAGAGCCUGUUGAUGCAGACAGCACCGCAGAGAGUCACGGUUAGCAGGAGGAGACAGGACAGCAGGGAGUACAGACCAUGGAGGGAGCCGGUAAACCCAUACUACGCGAACAUGGGCUACGCUCGCGCUCCAGCCACCAGUGCCAAUGACAGUGAGCAGCAGAGCAUGUCGAGUGAUGCCGACACACUGUCGCUGACCGACAGCAGUGUAGACGGUAUUCCUCCAUAUCGAUAUCGGAAGCAGCAUCGUAAAGAGAUGCAUGAAAGUGCCAAAGCCAAUGGACGUGUGCCCCUACCUCAUAUACCUCGCACGUACCGCAUGCCAAAGGAUAUCCACGUAGAGCCUGAGAGGUUUGCAGCAGAGCUCAUCAGCAGGCUGGAGACAGUUCUCAGAGAGAGAGAGGCUCAGGAAAGACUCGAAGAAAGGCUGAAGAGAGUACGACUGGAAGAAGAGGGGGACGAUGCUGACAUCUCCGUGACAACCUCCAUGUCUUCUCAUAGCAUACCACUCCCCCUCCCCUCAUCAUUUCCACCUCUCUAUGGAGCCCGUUACUCAGAGACCACUGCUAACACAGCAACAGUCACCAACUUUGGUGGCUUGGUUGCCAUGGAGGAUUCCCAGGACGAUGACCCAGAGUCGAUUUUGGAUGAACAUGUGUCACGUGUGAUGAAAACACCAGGCUGCCAGUCGCCUGGGGCAACCAACAGCACCUUAGGUGGAGGAGGGGGUCGACACACUCCUCCCAAAUCCUCGCGCUCACCUGAUGGUGGGACCGGACCACCUCAUUACCCUCCUCACCGAGGGGGAGGUCACAGUCUACCUGCUGCCGGGGUUAAAGGUGUGCAUCACCACAAGCAGCUGUACCACCACAGAGGACGAGAAGGACAAGAGGAGGCAGGCUCUAGGUCUCAGCCCAACUUUGCGUGGAAUGGAGACCCCUCUGGCCAGUAUGCAGGUAGAAGUCGUAACUACGCUGACGGAGCUGGAGCAAGCACACUUGAGGGCAUGGGUUACAGUAGUAAAGGCAGCACAUUAUCACGGCGAGGAUGUAAGAAGCCUUCAGAGACCUCAGGCAAAGGUGAUGAGAGUGGCCGUGUUGCGGAGACUCAGGUGCCAAUGGAGGAUCUGGAGAGAAACCAGAAGAUCCUGCAGUGGAUGAUGGAAGGGGAACGACAAAGGAGAACCACCCAUGGUGGCAGCACCAGUAGCUCCAGGAGGACGGGAACCAGCAGCGAGUCACCACGACCAACUUCAGUGGAGCGACCAGGAGCUGUGCAUCCAUGGGUCUCUGCACAACUGCGUAACAACCCCUCAUCAGUGUCCGCCGCUAUCCCUGGGUCAUCGUCCUCCCAGGUUCAGCCCUCACACCCGUUCAUUCAGGACCCAGCUAUGCCCCCCAACCCAGCUCCCAACCCCCUCACCCAGCUAGAGGAGGCUAGGAGGAGGCUGGAGGAAGAGAGGAGGAGGAAUGCACUACCACAGGCAAAGCAAAGGCACAAGUCUGGUAAGCGGCAAUUGUGUGAAAACAUGACAGUCGCUUACUACUUCUGUGGAGAGCCAAUCCCAUACAGAACAUCAGUCAAAGGCCGGGUGGUGACUUUGGGCCAGUUCAAGGAGCUGCUUACCAAAAAGGGCCACUAUAGGUUCUACUUUAAGAAAGUGAGUGACGAGUUUGACUGCGGUGUAGUGUUCGAGGAAGUCCGCGACGAUGACGCCAUCUUGCCAAUCUUUGAGGAGAAGAUCAUCGGGAAGGUUGAGAAGGUUGACUGAAAUGUGGGAAAUGGAAGACUAAACAGAAUUGCGAAAAAGAAUAAUCAUUUUAAAAGGAGAUUGAAAGAGAACAUUUGGGUGGGAUGGAAGCUCAGCUGUGUGAAAAUGGAAGAAGGAAAGUAGAAAGGUGGAUGGAGCAACGUGUAACAGGAGGGUGUUUGUGCUGCAUGGUAGAAGCUCAAGUAUUACGCAGAUGGUUAUUUUUAUGGAAUAUCUGGAUAUCUGCGACAGCACCUGGAUCAAACUCCCAUCAAGUGAAGAUGCUUGGUCAGAUUAAACAGCUGCAAAAGAAAAGAACAUAAAUUAUUUAACCUGUCUUGUCUCCACUGUGGGUAUUCAAGGAGGGCUGUUAAAAUCUGGUAUCUGACCAGUCUUCACUGUGAUGGAUGGAACAGGGUGAGGACUGCUGGAAGGAGAGAGGAUAAAGUAGUCUUCCACAUAUGCUCUGGGGGAGUCUGUCCUCCAUAGACCAUUACGAUGCUGCUACAUUACCAUGGAAACUCUUCAAUCGGUGCUCGGGACAGUAAAGAAAGCAGUCUUGUUCCAUACGGGAGUCUCACUGCCUUUUGCUGUAUCUGUUCCUCAUCAGCUGGAGACACGAGGAGAGGACAGAGGAUUUUAGGGAGUGGAACUUUUUGCCUGUUUCUCCUCUCAUUGACUUCACAGCCUCAAAACUAAUUAACAUUUCUCACCCGUGAUUCCUUGAUGUCAUGUAGUGAUCUCACAUCCACAUUUUCAGACAACAGUUCUCUACAUAACUUGUUUACCAAAGCUACAUAUUUUUGAUAAAGACGAGUAUACUAGCUACUUGUUUUCAUUUUAUUUGAAUUGUAUAUGUACAAGGCAGGUACUAUUACUUACUAAUGCAGCCUAAUUUUGUCAUAUCUCAACCUAAUUUUGUAUUAUUGUGUAUGUUUUGAAGCUAGAUCAUUAGUCAUUUCAGGGCAACCAUUUUGUUUUUCUUUCCUCUAAACCACAUCCAUGCACCUCAGUUCUGUACUGUUUACGAAUGUGAUCAUUCACUUGUUGUUCUACUGCGUGAUAGAUUUUAAACAUUGGAUAGUUCUUUCUUUUUUUUUUCCACCCAUAAAACUUGCACACUGAAGGUGUGGAGACUUUGACCACAGUAUCUGUUGUUUUUAAAUGGCUCUCUCACUGAAACCCUCUCAGUGAUCUUGUAACUUUUCUGCUAUGUCAAGAGACUGUGUGAGAAACUCCGAGCUCAGUCUAGGUGCCUGCCUGGCCAGUGCCAUUACUAUCUAGAAUUCACAUUCGUAAGCGUAUUUGUGAGAGCCCGAAUUGGUCUUGUAUGUCUGAACUCAGCCAAAGAGCAUAUCGUACAUCCUUAAAGCCUACAUGCGUUUGUCUGUGCAGUCCAAGUCUUUUUUUUUUUGUCUUCAUGAACUCAAAGGAAUGUCUCCUUCCUCCUGCAGAUUCUCAAACUUUGCAGCUCACCUUUGAAUUCAAACUCACAAGCUUAAAGAAUAGUUUUGACACUUUUUUUAAUGUCCUCAUUUGCUUUUCUCUCUCAAGAGUUAUCCUCUUUUCAUACCUGUGCUGCAAAUAUAAUGCCUAGAGCAUGCAGUUAAUUAGCUGCAGCUACUGAUCAUUUUAUUAUCAAGUUAAUAUUCCUGUUCUUUUCUUAGUUAAUCGACAGGUCUAUCGACUUCCCAUCACACUAACUAAUCCUAAAACAUAAAAAAAAAAUCUUAUUUUGUCUGAACCAUAGUUUUCUAUCCCUCAGAUAGAAGUGAAAUUUCUGCUUGAUCAUUAUUUAAAUUAAUUUAGUUGAUGGAUUUAACAUGUUAUUUAAUGGGCUUCAGAGGUUCAACCAGGUGGAUUUUGUGACCUUUUGGAGCUACACUCAGUUUCCAUAAUUAUGUUCUGUUUUUAUGCUAAGCUAAGCUAUGUGGCUGUUGGCUUCUGUUUCAUAUAUUUAACAUACAGGCAUGAGAAUCCUCAGAGCCCGAACAUCUUGAAACACUUGCUGACAACACACCAGCUGAAUAUAAUCUGACUUUUAAAAAGCCUGGACCUGCUAUAUCCUCAAAGAACAUAACUUGAUUGUCAUCGUGUCUGGGGUCUACGUUCAGUAUUCAUCUCUAAAUCAUGGCCUGACUGUUUGUGUCGUCUACGCUGGUAGUAAACUGAAUGUGCAGGUCUCCGACAAAGUCUUGAGAGAAUGUCAAACAGAAUUUGUUCUGGGUUUGUGCCCAGUAAAGGAAUAAUAAGAUUGUAAAACAUUUUGUCCUUACUUUAACACAUUUUGCCUUCAAUAUGAAAUGUAAAAUUUAGAUAUGUAUUUGUUUAUUAAAAAAAAAAAAUUUUAAUAAUCACCAAGCAUGUUCUUUAUGAGGAAUGUUUUCCUGACGAGUUGAAUUAUCCGUUUUGUUUUAUUGUUUUUGUGCAAACCGCUUUGGCCCUUUGGUAUAUUUUAUCUGUUGUGUUAGAAAGCUCCCAGGGACAGUUAAAUGACGAUGUUUGCUCAGAGUUGUUUCUUGUGCUAAAGAUUUGAUGGACAGAACAAAAACAGCUGUUGUGUUGUCAAAUUUGUGUGAAACACAGUGCCUUUAUCAUGAUAUCUUUAGAAAUAACGUUUAUUAAACCAAUCCAUGUUUUUAUCGUAAGUGUUUAUUUUCAGUCAGUCCUGUUAUCUUUUUAGCUACAGUCACGCUUGCUCACUUCUGUUCUGAUAGACUCUGCUGUAAAUAUGUACAUUAUCAUUUCAUACAUUUCUUCAGACCCGCACCACAUGUCCAAGGUGUUUCUGUUUUUCAAAGGUAAACGCCAAGAUGUCACUGUGCUGGUCCCACUUGUACAUUUCUUUUAAAAAGGUACUUCAUAAUAAAGAUGUUGAAUAAAACACUUUUGUUGAAUAGUA